GAACGGGGUUCGUCCGGAGACCUUCUUCGUCUUCGAUCGCUGGGAGCUUGGGGUGUCCAUUUUUGGGUCCUCCGAUGCCGCCGAUGAUCGACCGGGGAUGGGAUCGGAGCAUGCGAGUGGGUGAUCUACUGUACCGGAUGAGAUGUGUUGACGCUGCGGCGCGCGAUUUACGUCGGGGAUUGACGGGCAUGCGGUAAUCGAUCUGGGCAUGCAUGGGAACGUUAAAGAGUGGAGAGAUCGUUCGGGCUUGAAGGUGUGGAUCGAGGUCGAGUCGAUUGUGCGCUCGGUCCUUGUUGCUGACGAGUCGGUAUUACUGCCGAUCCUGCCCAUUUGCGGGAAGAAUGGCGUCGACUAUUUCGCGGCGAUGUGCAGCCCUCGGCGUGUCGCGGCUGUAUCAGAGAAGUGCACGAUCGGCGGUAGCGUCAUUUGUCGAGCACCAAAAUUUUUCUUCACAGUCUGAACGUGCCCCGAUUGAUGGGAAAGAUUAUCUGAUGGGGAGUGAGCGGAACACUAUGCGAGCAGCUGUGCUCUGGGAGCCCAAAAAGCCCAUGACCAUCGAGGAUCUCAAAAUGCCUCGUCCACAAACUGGUGAAGUUUUGAUCAGAACCAAAGCUUGCGGAGUCUGCCACUCUGAUCUGCAUGUUAUCAAAGCGGACCAACCCUACCCUUCUCCUGUUGUGCUCGGACAUGAAAUAACAGGAGAAGUUGUGGAGCAUGGUCCACAUACUGACGAGGCAACGAGAAAAAGGCUUCCUCUCGGAGGACGAGUCGUGGGGGCCUUUAUUAUGCCUUGUGGAGGCUGCUUCUUCUGUGUGAAGGGUGAAGAAGAUCUAUGUGAGACUUUCUUCAAGUAUAAUCGAGGAAUGGGUGGGUUAUACGACGGUACCACACGUCUCUAUCAAGCGAGCACAGGAAAACCUAUUUUCAUGUACAGUAUGGGCGGCCUUGCAGAGUACUGUGUUGUACCCGCUCAUGCUGUGGCUCCACUUGCUCCCACACUCCCGUACAAUGAGUCAGCUAUAAUUGGGUGCGCCGUUUUCACCGCUUACGGUGCUAUGAAGAAUGCAGCUGACAUGCGUGCAGGUGAAACAGUGGCUGUUAUUGGAACCGGUGGUGUUGGAUCCAGUUGCUUGCAGGUAGCACGAGCAUUUGGAGGGCGUCAGGUUAUUGCAGUUGACGUGAACGAGAAGAAACUAGAAAACGCAACAAAAAUGGGAGCUACACACACUGUAAAUGCCAGCAGUGAGAGUGUAGUUGACCGGAUACGGGAAAUCACUGGUGGCCGAGGGGUUGACAUAGCUAUCGAAGCGUUGGGAAAUCCAAAAACUUUCAUACAAGCGACUCAGGCAGUACGGGACGGAGGCAGGGCAGUCAUGGUUGGACUUGCUCCAGCUGGUGUUACAGCUGGAGUUGAUAUUUCGAAAUUAGUCAGGCGGAAGGUCAAAAUAAUAGGAUCUUAUGGAGGAAGAGCACGACAAGAUUUACCAACAAUAAUAACUCUGGCCGAGAUGGGCUUCUUGAAGAUUGAAUCAGCCGUGACAAAGAUCUGUUCUCUGGAAGAAGCUGAUGCAACUUACGCCGCAAUGGACAAAGGAGAAAUUACCGGAAGAGCAGUUGUUGAUAUCAAUCCAAGCAUAGUACACGCCUGAUUUGUUUAGAUUAUUGAAAUCCCCUGCGUGCCUUGCUGCUUUGUCCUUGUUCAAUUUUCAGUCCAACCUCUUCCACAAACAGCUUUCGAGCUAUUUUCUCUGCUUCCUUAGUAACGUCUUCUAUGUCCGAAAAUUUCUUCACAUUAGGCUGUCCGUCUUCAUCCGUGCAGUUUGGAACAAAGCUGGCAAAACCUUCAACAAAACCUGGUCGCACUAAGUAGAGAGUGUUGAACAACUCUUCGAAAUUGUUUUGAAACAAAGUCCCGGACAGAAGAAUUCGAACGUUGGUCUUUACGCUCAUUAAUGAUUUACGAAUCCUCGUACCCUUGUUCCUUGGAAAAUGGCCCUCAUCCAGUAUAAGAAGACUUGGCUUUUCCAACAGGGUCUUACGAACCGCCUCACCCUCUGGAGAGAGAUGAUCCCGAUUUUCAUCAGUCAAGCAUGCGAAAAGGUUAUAACUAACGAUAAUCACACUCCUGUUUUUGCUCCACUCGUAGAGCAUGGCAAGUCUGAAAGUAUCGAGAAGCCUUUUUGAACUCAGGUGGAGAUUUUUGCUGUUGAUGACGCCAGCGUCUUCGUGCAUUUGUAGCAGUCUCUUGCCAGAUUCUCUCGCAGUGUUCAAAAUAUACACAGAGAUGUCGGACUUCCAUCGCUCGAAUUCCUUCUCCCAUUGACGCAACAUUAUUUUCGGUGCCACAAUCAACGGUCUGCACGUUGGGAAGUUAUUGAUAUAACUCUGUAAGAAGGCAAUGACCAAAAAGGUUUUGCCUGUGCCAGGAGCAUGAGACAAUAUGCAACCUGUGUUUCUGUCCUCCCUCAUGGUUCGAUUAUUUCCUUCUCCAAUCGCAAGAUUCCUCCAUAAGAACGCAAAGCCGUCCUUCUGGUGAGGAUGCAUGGAAUUCUGAAUACGUGGCGGAAGUUUACAUGAACUCAUCCAAGUCACAUCCUUUUCAGCCUGGAGCUUUUGAUAUUCUGCUGUCUCCUGGAAGUGAUCUGGAGACUUCGUUCCAGCAUCCCAGUCACUCGCCUCUCCACAGUGACGGGGUUGCCUAAUAC